ACACUGUCGCCACUUCUGGGAGAUGCCUUCCGAUGUACAAUUUCCGUCCUCAAGGUACUUCUCAUGCUUUCUCUGCCCAAUCUUAUACCGGUCAUUUCCGCCCUUAAGACGCCUCUCGUUCGUUACCACCCAGUUCCAUGUUCGUCACUUCCGCCCUCAUUUUACCCCUCCCCCCACCGACCCAUCAUUCCGCCCUCAUUUAACCUUUAGCCAAUCAAGCCUGCGAUUGGACCACACCGGAAGUUCCGUGCUGAACUGUGCUCGGGGUGGGCUCCCGCUUCUUUUCAGAAAGGCCCUCCCCUUUUGGUAUUUUCUGGCCCAGUUUCGACGUCCCGAUCGUAGCCUGGGAACGAUGGGGCCCGCGGAAGCCUCUGGGGAAGUGAAGAAGACGCAGCCAUUCUUCGGGGUCUACCUCCUCUACUGUCUCAACCCCAAAUACAGAGGCCGCGUCUACGUGGGCUUUACCGUGAACCCUUCUCGGCGAGUCCGGCAGCACAACGCCGGGCGCAAGAAGGGAGGGGCGUGGAGGACCAGCGGGCGAGGACCUUGGGAAAUGGUCCUUAUCGUCCAUGGUUUUCCUUCUGACGUGGCUGCCCUUCGGUUUGAGUGGGCCUGGCAGCACCCUCGGUCCUCCCGUCGUCUGGCUCACAUAAGUGGCAAAGCCAGGAAGGAGGGAACCUUUUUUUUCCACCUGCGAAUACUGGCCCAGAUGCUGCAGGUGGCACCUUGGAAUCGGUUGCCCCUCACCUUGCGUUGGCUACGACAGGACUUCCAGCAGGAGCUCAGCCCUCCACCUCCCCAGCACAUGCCUCUUGCUUUUGGGCCUUUGCAACCUGGCCUCACUCAGAGGGGAAGGAGAGAGGUAGGCAAGGAAGCAGAUGAGGUCUUCUGCUCUCUCUGCCAGCAGCUAGUCCAGGAUAAGGAUGGACCCCUUUGCUGUCCUCACCCCAGCUGUCCAUUGAAUGCUCACCUAAUUUGCCUUGCUGAAGAAUUCCUUCAAGAGGAACCUCAACAGCUUUUGCCCCUGAAGGGCUGCUGCCCAGGCUGUAAGAAUACUUUGUUGUGGGGAGACCUGAUCCGUCUACACCAGGCAUAUCCUAGAAACCUGGAAGAGGUAGAAUCUGACCUUGAAGAGACACACUGGACGGAUGAACUGAAGACUUAAGCCGCCAUCUUUUUCUGCCUUCGAGGAUCUAAUCUUCCCAAGAACCUAGUUUUAUUUUUCACCUCCAGCAGGCUUGGGGGGAUUUUUAAUAAUUUUUAUUAGACAAGUGGAAAAGGCUAGAUUGGGAGUUAAAAGAGCUGGAUUCAGAUUUUAGUUCCAAAACUUAAUCAGCUGUAUCAUACUAAUGCUGUAGAGUUGUUAAUGUUAGUUCUUACAAUAAAGAGACUAAGUUAAAUGCUGGGCUACUUUGGGGUAGGGAAAAAAGGAAGAAACCUGGGAUGGAGUCACAGAGAAAACAAAUGUAUGUUUUCUUUUAUGUGGGAUUUAGUGUGGAGGAGACAAAACAGUAUUAGGAAGGGAAGGAAAGCUGACACAGGCUUUCCCUGUCUAUAGGUGGGAGAUUAUCCUAGGAGAACAAAUACUACAACAGAGCGAACAGCGACAGGCACCUGACAUGAGGACUCAGUGCUCUUAGGAUCCUACCUUACUGACCUCAGCUUUGGUUUAACUCACUUGAUGCCAGUGACCAAAAGGGAGAGCUCACAGCUGCCUGGAAGAAUUGAGGGGAGAAGAUAAGAGCUGGAGGGAGGGGAAGGCAAGGGAAGGGCUGGUAUGUUAAACUAAGAUCUGGCUCUGAACUCUUAUGUGUUGUCUCCCCCUAUCAGAAUGGAAGUUCCUGGAGAGCAGGGAUUGUCUCAGUUUUCUAUUUGUAUCCUCAGCACCUGGCAGAGCUUAGCACACAAUAAGCACUUAAGCUAAAUGCUUUUUAUCUAUUUGUGUACUUUCAAUAGUGUUUCCAAAUUCCUGAUGGAUAUUAAUCUUCAGGAUUUGGGAAUGAGAAAUUGUAAUUCACAAAAUCAUGUUAUUCUGUAUUUUUAAAAAAUAUUUUAUUUACAUGUUUUUAAAUAUCAAUGAGUGAUCAUAAUAAUAAACAGUAAUUUUUUUGUGAGGGUUAUACUAAAAGUUUCAGGUUUUCUAUAAAAAAGAUAAAACAAAUGUAUGGUUUAUUAUUAUUACAAACUAAUACGUUGUUUACUGACAAACAUCUGUCAACAAGUUGACUAAUUUCUUUUAACUUUCUUAAAAUACUUGUAGCAUUCUUCAUAAUCUACUCAUUAUUAUAGAUAUCUAAAACUUUUUUAAUAAAUAAGAAAUAUUGGUUAGUAAUAUUUAUUUUACAAAAAGAACCGUAACCAUUAGCAAAUAUUCAAACACUGGAAAAGACCAGUAAACAUUAUUGGAUAGCAUUCAAAUAAUGUAACAUUGACUUCUAGCAAAGUUAACAUAACACAAAAUGAUGUGACAAAAUUGCCAAUUUAAUGAGACUCAGUUUUGCUUCCUAAACUUGUUAUUUCUUGAGAUACUGCUUACAUAAGAUUUGCAUAAAGUAUGUUAUGCAGA